AUGUCCUUCUUUGGCUUUGACACCAACGGUCCGCAGAGCGGCCAGAAGGAGGUGUAUGAGUUCCAGGAUACGUACGACGGUCUCGGUGACCAGUUGGACGAAACCGACGAUGCGUUCAAUGACGAAACGUUUGGUGUGACCCCUCAGAACAUCAGAAAGGAUUUCUCGUUCGGCGACGCCCCUGGCCAGCCUCAACAGCAAACCCAGGUGCCUACGACUCUGUAUGCUGCUGCUGCUGCCCAGCCCAUCAACGAUGAUCAAUUCAUGGAAGAUUUGUGGGGUCUGUCCAACGCGCCCAAGGGUAAGCUGCCUGCCGCCGAAGGUGCAGGUGGCGACAAGAAGAUCAUGCUGUUGGAAGAGAUCGAAGCUCAAUUGACCGCAAUUGACCCCUCUCAGAUGCCCAGGGUACCUCAAGGUGCUCCACCUGCUCCCCAAGGCAUGGCUCAAGGUUUUAUGAUGCCUCCCCCGCAAAUGGGGUACAUGAUGCCACCUCAAGGGUUUAUUCCUGGCUACGGCGGUCAAUUUGUUCCUGGUAUGCAAUACCAAGGUGUGCCGAUGCAAAUGAUGCCGCAAAUGUACGGACAACCUGGUCAACCCGGACAACCUGGUCAAGCAGCUCAACCUCAGAUGAUCCCUCAAGGCCAACCUGGUCAAGGCCAGCCUCAACCCCAGCAGCCGCAGCAGCUUCAUCAAUUGCAACCUCAGCAACUGCAACAGGCCAAUCAAUCCCAGGCUCAAACCGCACCUGGCCAGCCCAUUUCGGCGCCCAUUGCUGCCCAACCCGUUGUUCAAGCGACUCAACAACCUCAAUUGGUCGCUCAACCCCAAUCCCAAGAACAACAACAGCAGCAGCCGGUUUUGCAACAAACUGCUCAACCAGCUGCGCAGGCACCUGCAGACCUUUCGCAAUUCCCCGUGCUUGGAUCCAAAGAGGCUAAGCCUUCGAUUCACCAAAUUCAACACCACUCGGUUGAUGAUUUGACUGAAGAACAGCAACAAAAACUUGCUAAGCGUCAAGAAAAGGUUGCGCGGAUCAUGAAGUACCUGGGUAUCAUGAACCCCAAGGACAAGGAUUUUGUCACUCGUUUUCAACUUGCCCAAAUUGUUACCGAGGAUCCUUACAAUGAAGACUUUUACGCUCAAGUCUUCAAGGUGAUUCACCCUAAAGCGAACUCCACAGGUUUGCCGGAAGAUGAGCACAACUCGAUUGCUCAAGCUUACCUUGAACAACUGGGUCAUCGCUUGGGUGGUCGGUAUAAGCGUGCCGAUGUCGCACUUCAACGGAUGCAACAGCAAGUGCAAAAAGCUGUCACUGUUGCUAAGGAGCGCCCCAAGUUGUCACAAUACGCCAAGGAAGGUGCCUUGGGUCGUAUUUCUUUCGGCCUGGGUAAGAAGCCGAGACAACAACUUGAACUCUUGUCAAAGGCAGUUCAGAAACAGAUCGAAGAGGAAGGUGAAGACAAGGAUCAAGCCCAAGGUGAGCUGGCAUUUGCUGAGGAUGGUCCUGCCGCUCCACUUGUGGCUCAGCUCAAGAAGGAACGUUCAACUCUGAUGCUGGCCCCUAGAAUCCCUAACAAGCGUUAUUCUAAGCGUGAUAUCAUGCUGAUUUUGGAGAACAUUAUUGCGCAAUUGAUGAAUGUGGAGCUGGAACUGCGGACUCUGGAGAAGGUCGAUACCACUGCUUUGUGGGAACUGUUAAGAGUUCUUGAGCAACUGCUGCUGCUGGGUGACGAAGAAGCUGAAGUUAACCCCUUCAUCCAGUGCCUUAACUACAACAAGAUGCUCAAGAUUCUUCUGAGAUUGUUCAAAUUUUUGACUCGGGAGCAAGUUUUGACUAUUGUCACCCUUGUUAUGUCCAACCUUGAAAAUUUGAAUGUGGUGAAGAAUGGUAGCUACACUACUUAUGAUGACAAGAAGGUACCGGCUUCGGUCCAAAAGCUUGUCGAAACUUACACGAUGACUUUCUCGAAGGUUUUGAUGAACGCAGUGCUUGACUUCAAGUUUAACGAAAUCAUCGGGUUGUUGGUGAUCUUGAUCGAGCACAAUAACGUGCCUUUCGUGCUGACGACGAAGAUCGGGCUUCAAGUGCUUACUACCCUUUUGUCGCGGGCGAUGUUGAUCAUUGGUGACGGAAGACUUUCAGCUACUGAGUUGUCGCUGUGGCAACUGUGCUACGACGAGUUAUUCACGCUGCUUGAACUGAGAAUUGCUGCGAUCUUCCCGCCCCACCUUGAAGGUGACGACGUGGAUGACAACUACAUUUGGCAAUUCUUGGCUACCCUUUGUUGUGGCGGUAAGUUGAACCACCAGCGUAUUCUUGUCGAUGAGGUUAGAGACGAGAUUUUCGGGACAAUGAAGCGUGCGAAGGAGUUGGGCUCUCUGCCUCAAGAUCACUACAAGAAGCAAGCCUUGUUGAACAACUUGAAUAUGUUCUUGAAUGUUAUGGGAUUGGUGGCUGACGAGAACGAAAUCAAGGAGUUCCAGGCGUGA